AGAGCCUCGACACUACCGGAAACAACAGGAGAAGAAGAAACUCCCAAACAAACCCACGUGUUUGAAAACAAACAUUACCGGAUAAAACGGCUGUUUUUAGGAGAAAAUGGACGACGAGCACACGGCCUGGUACAAGGAGCCCUGUGCUCAGUGUUCAGCGGUGGAUUGGGGAGUUUCAGAUGAGGGUCGUUUCUACUGCAGAUCCUGUCACACUGUCAUCGAGAGAACCAAAGAGGUGGUGGACUCCACCUUCACUCCCGGCUCCAACAGAGUCUCCACCAUCGGCAGAGGACCCAGAAACAAGAGGACGGAGGGUGGUCGUCAGUGGAGGAUCUGUGAGGGUUUCCAGUUCAUCCUGAGGAACCAGGCCGACGCUCUGCUCCGACUGGGAGUCAGUCCCAACUUUAAGGACGCGGCGCUGUGCGAGCUGUGGAGACUCUACCUGCAGAAGAGUCGACAGGCCUACACACACAACCCAGUGAGGACCUGCAGGUUGAAAGUGCGAGGUCCCGACUCGGACUCGGAGAGUGCAGCCGAGUCGUCCGUCAUGUCGGCCAGUGAGACGGACGGAGAGACGAACCCGCCCAGCACCAUCGGAUCAACUGCAGGUAGAAUCAUUCAGGGGACGCUGUGUUCGGGCUCGGUGGACGCCGGUCAGUUACCUGUCGCCCCGGCUGAGAAGACCCGUCGGUCUGGAAGCAUGAAGAAGACUUUGGCUCUGAUCCACCUCGCUCUGACCUGGAGCCGCGAGCCGCUGACGCUCAGCGACCUGCUCAGGUUGGUGAACGAAGGUCACGUCCCGUACUUGAACGCUUACGAGGAACUUCCUGAUGAGAUGAAGCUCGAGGGCAAAGACGCUCUCAUCUUCAGAGUGGAGAGCGUCCCGUCACACCAGCUGGUUCAUAAGGAGGCUCAGUCUCUGGUUCUGUUACUGCAGCUUCCUGCUUUUCCUCCAAUCAGCCGCCAGACUCUGCUGCACCCAGCUCUGCUCAGCCUGCGCUACCUGACCGACGCCAACCUGCCCGACGAACUCCACCCGUGGGUCUGCACGGUGAUGGAGCACGCUGGUAUGGCGGAUCAAACGCUCCACACGUUUGACCGUUUGUCUCAUCCCGUCCUGCCGCUGUACGACGUCCAGGCCGCCGCCCUCAUCAUCGUCACCAUGAAGCUGAUCUUCGGCCUGGACGACCGCACUGAAUGGGAUUUAUCCAAUCAGACAGGUGACCUGGACGACGCAGGAAACCUGUUCAACCUGAGGAGGUGGUACCGGCUGCUGCAGGCCGCUCUGACCAGAGCUCAGCAGAGGAGAGACCACGACGUCGCCAGGAAACAGUGGGUAGCCAAGAAUCCUCUUUGCUCGAGCAAGAGGGAUAAAAGAGUCGUGGUGAAAAGAAAAAGAAUAGCGGAGCAGGUGCAGAUCUGCUUCCAGAAGCUGUCCCGUGACCUGGCGGGUGGCGAGCGCGGCGAUCCGUCCAGCUUCAGGUUCUGUUGGGGGGACGAGGACGGAGCCGACGGUCCCAGUCUGCACCACAAGAAGCUGAGUGGAGUUCUGACCCUGCAGCACAACGUCCUGACCCCCUCUAACUCCACAUACUGGCACCCAGGACUCAGAGCCUGCAACCCCCGGACGUGUCGCAGUCAUUACUCGGACGUGGAGGCGACGCUGCCUCGGACCUUCGUCUGGCUGCUGCAGCUCUUCUGCUUCCUGCUGGACGUGAAGCCGGCGUUCCUGUACGAGGAGGUGCUGAAGGUGGAGAGACGAGUCAUCAACAGCACAGCGGCGAGGAGCCCGGGGGGGGCGACCAGGACCAGGGCUCAGCGCAGGACGCCACAGAGAGGACAGGAAACCAGAUGAAAACCUGCAGCUGCUCGUUUGUUGGAGCUCAGAAAUAAUCAUUUUAUAUCGUCGGUGCAUUCAAGGACGCUUGGAAAUCAAAGUUGUAAGAGUUGAUUGAUCCUCAGACCCAGAGGACAAACAGUAAGCAAACAUUGUGUUUAAACUCUGUAAAGUGAACGUCACAGGUUUGAUUUCAGAAGCAACCGGAGCCUGAAGGACACAUUUCACUUUCUUUUGUCUCUGUGUUAAUUUAUCUCUUCGUAUGUGACUAAAUAAAUUGUUGUUGUGUCUUUUUA